AUGACAGCUGAAUUAAAGUCUGAAAUAAGUGAACAGGUCAAAAGCAGUAAUGCUGAAUUAAAAUCUGAUAUAAUUGAGGUGCACGCGCUCACGCAUACGGGAGAGAAGCCGUACCAGUGCACCGAGUGCGGCAAAGCGUUCACCCAGCAGCGCAACUACAAGUACCACAUGUCGGUGCACGCGGGAACGCACGAGUUCGCGGCAGCGUGCCCCGACUGCGGCAAGGUGUUCAACAACGGCGGCUACCUCAGCUCGCACAUGAAGAUCCACCGCAACCGCAGGGAGUACGCCUGCACCGAGUGCGGGCGGCGCUUCAACCAACGCGUCGCCUACACCACGCACAAACGCAUACACACGGGAGAGCGGCCAUAUGCCUGCUACCUCUGCGACAAAGCCUUCAAGCGCAAGACGCUGCUUAACCAGCACAUGCGCACGCACACGGGUGAGAAGCCCUUCAACUGUGAGGUGUGCGGGAAGCGGUUCGCGGACCGCAGCAACAUGGUUCUCCAUCAGCGCCUGCACUCGGGCAUCAGGCCGUACAGCUGCGGCGAGUGCGCCAAGGCGUUCACCAAGAAGCACCACCUCAAGGCGCACAUGUCCUGCCACACGGGGCUGCGGCCCUACGCCUGCGACCGCUGCGGCGCGCGCUUCAGCCAGUCCAGCAACAUGCGCACGCACCGCAAGAAGUGCACAGCGCCGGGUCCGCCCCGCGGGGGUGCUGCGUUCCGCCGCGCACUCUCCGUGCCGCCCACACGGUUCAGCUCCCGGCCCUCAGUAGCAGGCACAGGCAGCGGCCGCAACGACUCGGCGGGCACGCGCCUCUGCUGCCCACACAAGAGCUCUUGCGUCGCCUCGUCACCUGGACGACAGGUGCUACUGGCCGAUUGA